AUAAGCUCCUGCGGGAUAACCUCGAGCGGGAUAAGCUCCUGAGGGCGGCGCGCUGUGCGGAGCUGGCGGUGGCGAUGGCCACGGUGCGAGAGAAGGCGGCGGCGUUGAGUAUGAGCGCGGCGUGCAGCCCCGUCGCCAGGCCGCCGGGCUUUAGCUUGGCCCAGAAGCCAUUUGGAGCAACGUAUGUCUGGAGCAGCAUUAUCAGCGCACUUCAAACUCAAGUGGAAGUGAAAAAGCGUCGUCAGAACCUGAAGUGCUAUCAUGACUGUUUUAUUGGCUCAGAUGCAGUGGAUGUCGUGUUUGCCCAUCUUCUACAGAACAAGUAUUUUGGGGAUGUUGAUAUUUCCCGUGCGAAAGUAGUGCGAGUGUGUCAAGCACUAAUGGACUACAAAGUGUUUGAGGCUGUCUCAAGGAGGGUCUUUGGAAAAGACAAACGCUCUGUGUUUGAGGACAGUAGCAGUAGCCUCUACAGAUUCACAAAUGUCUCAAGCCAAGCGGAACUUGAUAAAGAUUACCAGCAGUGUACGCCACAAAGGCAUCAGAAGAACAUGCUGUUCAACACUACUCCUCUCAAAGCAGAAAGCUUGGAGGAUCUCUGGGAAAACCUGAGUUUAAAGCCUGCAAAUACCCCUCAAGUAAACAUCUCAGAAAGUUUGUCUCGUCGAGUUAUUAAUGAGGUCUGGCGAGAACAAACAAUUGCUCGUCUGCUGCAGCUUGUGGACCUUCCGCUCCUUGACUCCUUACUUGAGCACCAGGCAGUCAAGCCUCAGCUUCCACAGCCAAAGAAGGACUCUGGAUAUGUCAUCACGAGCAACUACUUAGACAGAGAGAUUCUCAAGGCUUUCAGUGACUCACAAACAGAUGAAUGGCUCUCAUCAGCAAUAGAUUGCUUGGAAUAUCUUCCUGAUCAUAUGGUGGUAGACAUUAGCAGGAACUUGCCUGAUCAACUGGAUAAAGCUGACACAUGGAAACUACUGCUGUUUGAAAAUAUUGGUAGAUACUAUGGCCAGAAAAAGGAGCCGCUGUUGAGCCACGCACCUGAAGUUCAUUCGGGAAUUGCAGAACUACUAGUGAAUGGGAAGAUGGAACAAUCUCUAGAAGCUAUUCAACUCUAUUUAAAACUCCUAGACAGUCAAAUCAGGGAGGAGUUCAGAAGAUUACUGUAUUUUAUGGCUGUUGCUGCCCAUAAUUCUGAGCUCAAACUACAGAAGGAGAGUGACAACAGGAUGGUUGUGAAAAGAACAUUCUCUAAAGCUAUUAUCAACAAUAAAUCCUUAUCCAGAGGGAAGACUGACCUUCUCAUCUUGUUCCUCGUGGAUCACCAAAAGGAUGUCUUAAAGAUCCCAGGGGCACUGCAUAAAAUGGUCAGCAAUAAAUUAGUGGCUUUGCAGGAAGGCCAAGAUCCUAGUAAGAUAACGGGUUACACAUUUUGCCAAAAGCUUGAUGAAAGAGAGUAUCGUUUGAAUACAGAGAAGACCACAAAAGAUGAGCUAUUAUCUCUGCUGAAAGCUAUUGAUGAAGAUUCAAAGCUCUCUGACAAAGAGAAAAAGAGACUGCUAGGUCAGUUUCAUAGUAGUAAUCCAAGUAUUUUUAUGCAGUAUUUUGGAGACAGAGGUAGUAAUAUGUGCGUGUGACUUUUAAAUUACUUUAUAUAUUGCAGUAUUGAAAACACUAAUAUAUUUGUAAAUCAUUUGUAUUCAUAUAUCUAAUAAAAUUAUUUUAUGGACAUGGA